AUGGUGACAGCGGUGUGGCAAGGCAGCAAAGCAGUUCAAGAAGACAACGUGCCUUCAGCCGCAGCUCUACAAGUGGAUGAUACCUACACCGGCACCGAGUCACAAGGGAAUGAUCCUCGGAGGCUUCUCCCUCCCUCCUCGUCCAGCAGCAGCGGCAGCAGCAGCGGCUCCUCCCCCCGUCGUAAUCUGAUUGUUGACCCCAGGACCCCAAAAUGCUGCAGCAGAGCUUGA